CCCUCAUCAACCUGUUCAAAAGUCUCCUGAGAAAUUAACAUUUCAGCAUUUUGAUUGCAAAUUACGCAGCUUUUUUCAGACAGUAGUUUUCAUUUUCAGUUUUUAAAACUAUUUCAGAAUAAUGAUGCGCCUUUAACUUGCCAGUACUUGCUAGAAAAAGUCAGUCAGGAUCAGCCAGAUGUGACAGUCAUCGGAUGUUUACAUCGAAAUUUCGCUCAGUGUGGGCUCUCAGUAUUUGGCUCUGUUUAUUGCGAGUAAUAUAAAUAAGCGAUAAAACCCUUUCACGGUGUAAUUAAGAACAAUAUUUACAGAGGGCAUUGCUCGUAGUAAACAUGGAUGAAGGAGGAGGAGAAAACAUGGAUUUCACUACGAAAAUUGCCGAGCGAUCCGAGCAAGACUUACUUCCUCUGAAAGAAGAUUUAGCGGAAUGGCUUUCAAGAGUUUUAAAAGAAAAAAUUACAGCCGAGAACUUUAUGGACUGUUUAGAAAAUGGUGUCCUGGUUUGUAAACUCGCUCAAAUUGUGCAAACAGCGGCUCGAGAAAGCAUCAAGGCGGGGAAGCAUGUAAAACCAUUAGCUCCUUUCACUGAGAAGUUUCAUCAGAAUGCCAAAUCUGGGACGUUCUUCGCUCGGGACAAUGCAGCCCAUUUCUUGCAGUGGUGUCGGCAAAUCGAGCUUCAGGACUCCGUCUUGUUUGAAUCAGAUGGACUAGUUCUACAAAAACAGCCGAGAGAAGUGGUCCUUUGUUUACUUGAUGUGGCCAGAGUGGCAGCAGAUUAUGGGAUUGAUCCUCCGAAACUGAUCAAACUGGAAAAAGAAAUUGAUGACGAAAUCGCUGCCGAGGAGCAGAAGAAGCCAGAUUUAAAACCAACCAAGAAGGAAAAGAGAAUAUCCAAAGCAAUGAGCAUUGAUGCUGAGGUAAGAAGCCAAUAUUCUGCUCUGUAUUUUUAAUAUCACUGAAAGAAUAACGAAAUAUAUUCAACUUCGAAAAGUACAGCUUAGUAGGGAAGUCUUGCCAGGGAUUUUAAAUUAUGAAAGCUGUCCCGUGGUCAUCGAAUGCGGGACAUACGCCUUACCCCUUGGCUUGUUUUGUAUCGCAUAUUUGAAUUAAAAAGCGAGCAAAAUGCUCCUACGUGGCUGUUAUUGUCGAAAUUAUUGCAGGAAUGUACACCACUUAAAAUUUAAUGAGUUAGUGAAAGUGUCAAUAAUAUUGUAUAGCUGCCAAUUCUGAACACUCAAAGACUCGAAAAGACGUCAGUUGGAAUGUUUUGUUUUACAUAACGGGCAGUGAUUUACAUCUAUUAAGAUGAAAGUCACCUGUCCUCAAUAACUGGCAAAGUUUUUAUCAAGUGUACUGCCCAUAAAUAGGCAAAAAUCAAAAUAUCAUGGCGUUCAAAAGUAUUUUGAAGGAGGUAACAAUGUCUAUUUUCAGGUAAAAAAUUAUCUCAGGCACACUGUUUUGCUCAAAAAUUUGCUUUGUCAUUUAUGCAGGAGGUAGUUUAUCCACAGAAGCAUCUUUAAUAUUGCUACUUUUAUUGUCAGAUAAAAAUACUUCAACAACAGUUUAGCCAAUGCCAGACACUGAUCUUAUUCUAGCCAAAAAUUCAAAAAAGAGAAGUUAAAAUGCAGUAAAGAUAUAUCAAAAUUUACUCAUUUGGCUGGGCUCACUUGAAUUUCAGCACCUGAAUCAGUGUCGGUCUACAUCCAUUAGUUCUGGCUGAAUCAUUUCAAACAGAUUCAUACGUCGCACUUCACAGGAUGUUUAUUCCCUAAAUUUGAUUCAACUCAUGAAGUACAGUGUCUAAUGGGGCUUAAGUUAUGUGGAAAUUGGUGCACACUUGUAAAAUGUUAGUUUAUGGCUCCAAUUUAAGGAGCUAAAUUUUCCUUUGCUGUGCAAAUUUUGUUCUUAAACUAAAGUUUGAAGUGUUUAUUGUUCUAAGGUUGCAAGACUAGCUGCAAAAUAUAAUGUGAGGAUAGAAAAAAUCAAGGAAGGGAGAUACAUUGUGGAAGGAAAAAUAAACAUUUUUGUCAGGGUGAGUGUUUCAAAGCCAUCAUCCUUCACUGCUAUAUCAUCAUCGGUUGACUGAAAAGCAGUUGACUGUAAAGCAUCUCCAACUGACUCUGUUUUGGACAAUUCACUGUGGCUGAGUGAAAAGGAGAUAAGCCUCUAAGAAGUGCUUAUUGGAGUCCAUCCAUAUCUGGACUUGGUUGGAAAAGGACUUCUACAGUCUCCCUGGGGUCUUCUCCCUUGGAGGGGCUCAUACAUUGCGUAGAUGUUGGUGGGUUCAUCCUUUUCCAUGCAGAAAAUGUGGGCAAGGAACUUGAGCUGUUGUGAGAUGACUACCGAUAGCAAAGGGCUAGUGCUAAUGAGAUAGUAAAUUGUGUCAUUUGAGACUUAAACGAAAAUAAAAUUUGAACCUAGGAUAGGAAUCAAUGAAUCAUGAAAAUGCAUGUCCAGUUGGAAAGAAUCCCUUUGACGGUUUAUAUUAAAAGCCCGGGGGGGGUGGGGCCACUUGGUAUUUUUUGGGUGGGUAUGUGCCGCCCGGGAAUCCAAAUUGGCACCCCGUUCUAAAAAAAAUUCCCCUAAAAUUGAUACCCCGUUCUAGAAUUCGCCCUAAAACUGAUACCCCAUUCUAGAAAUGGCGGUUAAAAAAUAUGAGGCAAGAUUCCACGUUUCUCAUGUUGUCAAACGAACAAUUGCGUAACUUGGCAUAAUUUAAAAGCAAUCUGUCCUUGAAUAAUUUCAAAUGGCUGCUUACAAAACUGGAGCUUUCAUGCGUUCGAAAUAUUAUACCCCGUUCUAGAAAAUGCCUCUGAAAUGGAUACCCUGUUCUAAAUCAGGAGCUUCAAAAUCACGAACCCGUUGGGCGGCACAUACCCGUAUAGGCAAUGUAUGGGAGUACCCCCCCCCCCUGGGAUUAAAAGUAAUUUAACAAAAGUAAACCUAUCAGAUACAUGUAACGGAAAGCAAACAAUAAAUUUCAGCUGAAGUUGACUGAGCCAAUACAUCAGUAGCUAGUAGAAAACGAUGGGCCCUUAAAAAAUAUGCAAAAUUCAACUUUUUGUAUUUGGAAGGUACCACAAGUAGAAAAACACUGACAUCUAUGUAAGAAAAAUUUAUUUCAUUGAAGACAGACGGUGUACAUAACAAAAGCCUGUUGUCCUAAAAGAAAGUUAAUUACUCUUUGUAGAUUUUAAGAAACCAUGUGAUGGUAAGAGUUGGCGGAGGAUGGGACACCCUGGAAAACUUUCUUAGCAGGCAUGACCCUAACAAAAUUGGAAGGAUACUGACUUGUGAGUAAACAUGAUUAUAUUUAUUAUGUUAUAUGAUCUUGGUUUGCUAUUUUUUCAUAAACAUUUCCUCUAUGUGAUAAUUAUCUUUACUGUCAGAAAUGCUAGGGUAGGAGGAAUCUUUUUGUCUAGUUCGGCUCAAAUGUUGGUGCUUUUGUUGACAGAUUUUAAUUACUUAAUAAAUUUUUUUCUUGGUGGGGGAGGUUGUUAGAGUAUAGGUACUCAUAUUUGAGGAAAUAUGGUAGGUAUGUUUGUUAUGCUAAUUAAAGCUUCUUGUUUAAAGUGAAUACAGUCAAGUGCCAUUAGAGCGGACACUGUUGGGACCUUAAGUUAGUGUCCUUAGUGAGAGUCUGUGAUACCAGGAGUUUAUUUCAGUCAAACAUCUGCAAUUUAUGUCUGCCUGGAAUUUAGCUGCUGUCCUUAUUAUUAGGGUGUCUGUUAUAGCAGGGUGUCCACAAGGCAAGAGUUGACUGUAAAGAGUGUGUUUAUUCAAUUUUACUGUUAAACUUCACAGUAUGCCAGUUACAGUAAAAAGUACACCUCCUAGGCAGAGCUGCAAAUAACAAUAACAACAUUUCUUAUUUGUCUGACUAAAAAUGGUGACCUGCUCAGAUGUGUACAUGUUGCAGUUACAAUCUGUUCUCAGAGGUUAAACCAAGAUUUCUUAAUUAAUUAAUUUUGCUUUACUCUGUUAGUGACUCUUGUUAAAGUGUUUUUUUUUGCUUUGUUUUUGUAGUAUUGUUAAUGUAAUUAUUUAAUGUGAUUAUCAAUAAACAUACAAAAAUAAAAAGAAGAAAAAAGAAAAAAAAGAUUUCUUUUGGCUCCGCCUUUCAGGUUAGGAAACAAAGAAAAUUCGACUGAAUAAAACUAGGUUAAAUACUGAUUUAACCUGAGAUUGUUUUUACCUAUAACAUAAUUAUAUACCACAUUUUUAACCUUGUCCAUUGGAAAGAAAAAUUGUAUGCAGCCCUACAGACGAAAAACCCAAUUCCCAGUCAUCUGUCACUUCAUGUUACCAAGGUUCCCUUGUAGUAACCUAAUGAUGCUUUAUCUUAUUUCCAUAGCAUCACCUCAGCCUUGUAGUCACCAUAAUCAUCAUCAACUGGCUGGAUUGGCAGCAUGCUCUGCUUCAACAUGAAAGACUGAUACCAUACACAUAAUGUUAACUUUAACUUUAAUUUUUUGGGUACCUUACAAAAACAAAAUACUGAACAGUAAUUUCAGUGUUUUAAUACAACAGACCCUUUCAUUGAAUUGCCAACAAUGGCCAAAGAAAAAUUUUAAGAAGAAUAUUUACAAAAUUUCAUUGGGUGCGUUCAUAUAGGUAAUAGCAUCAUUUGUAGAGAUAUUUGGCAUAAAUACCAGGAGUGAUAUAUUUUUUGAAAUUGUUAUACGUAAUUUUACAAGCCAUUUGUCGAGUAAAAUUUGAGACAAUUUUGAAAUGUCACUCAUGGUAUUUAUGCCAAUACAAAUCAUGCUAUUAUUUGUUUAUACUACUACCCGCAAAAGGUUUGUUAUUUUCACAUUUAGGUAUAUCAAAUUAAGCUGAAAUACCACUGCUCUAAGCCAAUCAAAUUGCAGAAAGUACUCAUGUAGUAGUAUAAAAAAAUGAAAUACAACCAUGCAAGAGUACUGCUUUUUAUAUGUAUCGAUGUAAGAAAUCAGACAAGAUGCUGCGUUUGAUCUGAUAUCUAUAGAAACCAAGACAGGUUGAAAAAACGAGGUACAGUUCUGCUAGCUUGAAAGUUUCUGGAUAUCAGAUGAAAAACAGUGCUGAGUGUUGGAUUAAAAAGUUGAAAUUGAGGAAAAUUUACAAGCUGACCUGCUUAUAUCUCCUUCACUGAAUAAAUCACUAUCCAGAGGAUAAGUAUUAAGAAAGUCCAUUGCAUUAUCCAUUGAAUAGAGAUUAUGCAGUGAAUAGCAUUAAAAAAUCCACAUUUUAAAAAAUCUCGGCCUGAGAUCUCUUUAGCCACCAAGUGCUUCCUUUAUUAAAAAGUGAAAAGUUGCUCAACAUAGAGUUUUUCCUCCAUACGCAUGCAUCUCUGAUAGUUUUAAAUUUGAGCUGAGAGAGAAUCCAAACACUAUGUAUCCGUAACAGUAGUCUUGCUUUUUGAAAAGUUAGUUAUCUUUUAUUUUGACCUGCAAAAAUUAUGAUAAUUUAUGUCAAGAAAUUAAUGUAGAGGUAAAACAGUGUAAUUUCCUGUAGGAAAGUUAACAGACAUCAGGUAAGAACAGAUUUUUUUGUUUCAUCAGUGUUAAUUUUAUCAGUGGUCAAUUAAUUAGGUCCCAUUUUGAUUAUUGGAAGUUGAUAAAGAUUCAACAAUGGA